AACAUAGCAACGUUACUUUAGUUCAUUCAGUUACAGUAGCAAACAACAAAGUUCAGAGGUUACUGUGUGUUUUUUCCUCAAUAGAAAAAAAGAAGAAAACGCCUUCAGUGGAGUUUAUUCGACUAGAAACAGGAUGAAAACGGUAAAGGACGAUGGGGACAUGACGGGGAUAAUAGUAAAUCGAUUUGCCGGAGGUAACGAGGCGCCUCCCUCUGGGAUGUCCAAGAAUGGAUACUUUUUUCAAGAAAUGGAGCAGCGGGAGGCGGAGCAGGAGGAGGGCAGCGAGGGCCGAGAGGAGGGACAGGACUCGCCGAUCGCCUGCGGAGAUGACAUCCACCUCUAUGACAACCAGAGCCCCGGGCCAGACUCUGACGACUCUGGAUGUGUGUUACUGAACACAUCAAGAAGGUAUGUGAAGCUGAUGAACUUUGAGGAGGAGAUCCGGGCGCACCGGGACCUUGACGGCUUCCUGGCGAGGGCCAGCAUCCUGCUGGACGAGACGGCGGCGUCCCUGGAUGACGUGCUGAAGAGGAUGCUGCACCACGUGGGCCAGGACAGCCACACGUCUGAGCCCAGCUGCAACUUUGAGGAGGUGAUGAGCAUGCUGUUCACUGAUGCCGGAGCUCAGGAGGUCAACGUCCACCUGCUGUCAGAGACCAUCCAGGGGGUGACAGCCACGGCCACCGGGGUCCAGUACCAGCAGUCCUGGCUCUGCAUCCUCUGCAACGUGAAGAGUCUCCAGAGGCGUCACGUGUGCAUCUCCCGCCUGGAGAGGCCGCAGAACUGGGGGGAGAACUGCUGCGAGGUCCGCUAUGUCAUCCUGAUCCUGGCCCCCCUCAAAAUGAAAAGCACCAAGACGGCGAUGGAGCUGGGCCGGACGUUCGCCACCAUGUUCUCCGACAUCUCGUUCAGGCAGAAGCUGCUGGAGACGAAGACGCAGGAGGAGUUUAAAGAGGCGCUGGUGUUCCAGAGGCACCAGCUGACGGCAGCCAACCAGCAGCCCACCUCCGUGGAGGAGGAGGAGACGGACCCCCGCAGCCACAAACCCCUCAAGUGUAAAGAUUUCUUCAGAGCCGGCCGAGGGAUUUAUGAGGACUUGUGUCGCAGACUGCCUCUCUACCCCUCCGACUUCACAGAUGGUGUAGUUGGCAGUAACAAAACCCUGCUGAAGUACAUGACCACAGCCAUCUUCCUCUACAUCGCCAUCCUCCUCCCUGCCAUCGCCUUCGGCUCCCUCAAUGACGAGAGCACGCGCGGCGAGAUCGAUGUCCGGAAGACGAUCAUCGGCCAGAGCAUCGGAGGGGUCAUCUACUCGCUGUUCGCCGGCUCUCCUCUGGUCAUCCCUCUCACCACAGCUCCCCUCGCCAUCUUCAUCAGCGUGAUCCGAGGAAUCUGCGAUGACUACAAACUGGACUUCCCGGCUUUUUACGCCUGCAUCGGUCUGUGGAACUGCCUCUUCCUCAUCCUGGGAGGGAUUUUCAACGUCAGCCUGCUCAUGAAGCUCUUCAAGAGGUCGACAGAGGAGGUCAUCGCCCUGUUCAUCUCCAUUGCGUUUGUAGUUGAUGCAGUCAAAGGCACAGCCAAAAUCUUUGCCAGCUACUACCGUCCCGCGACGCUGCCUAAUGGAAGCGUAGAGGCCUUCCAUCAGCUGCCCGACGGGGGAAGCCUGCUGGGGGGCAACGGGAGCGAGGUGGCGGCUGGCUUGGCGCUCAGUGCUCAGUGCUCAAUCUUCCAGUGCACUCGAGAGAGGCCUGUCCUCUGCCUCCUGCUCAUGCUGGGGACAUUAUGGAUGGGCUACACCCUCUACCAGUUUAAAAGGAGUCCGUUCCUGCAUGCCAAAGUGAGGGAGGUGCUGUCGGACUGCGCGCUGCCGAUCUCCGUGCUCAUGUUCUCCUUCAUCGGCUCCUACGUGUUCAGUGACAUUGAACUUCCGGUCUUCAAAGUGCACGAGCGGCCGGUUUUCAGCGUGGCUCCGUUUGAGCGCCUGUCGGCCAUGAACGUGGUGAGCGCCAUGGGCCUCGGCUUCCUCCUGGCCCUCCUCAUCUUCAUCGAUCAGAACAUCGUCGUCUCGCUGACCAACGCGCCAGAGAACAGGCUGCUGAAGGGCACGGCGUAUCACUGGGACCUGAUGCUCUCUGGGCUCAUCAACAUCCUGAUGUCGGUGCUGGGGUUGCCGUGGAUGCACGCCGCCUUCCCGCACUCCACGCUGCACGUCCGUCAGCUGGCGUUCGUGGAGCAGCGCGUGGAGGGGGGGCACCUCUACGAGACUAUUGUCCAGGUAAAGGAGACCAGGCUGACCUCUCUGGCGGCCAACAUCUUCAUCGGCGUGUCGGUGCUGCUGCUGCCCCUCCCCCUGCAGUGGAUCCCCAAACCCGUCCUGUACGGCCUCUUCCUCUACAUCGCGCUCACCUCCAUCGACGGAAACCAGAUGUGCGACCGCAUGGCUCUCCUCCUCAAGGAGCAGACGUCUUACCCGCCCACCCAUUACAUCCGCAAAGUGCCCCAGAGGAAGAUCCACUACUUCACCUUCCUGCAGAUGAUGCAGCUGCUGGUGCUGUGUACCUUCGGCAUGUACCCGAUACCUUACAUGAAGAUGAUCUUCCCUCUGUUCAUGAUCCUGCUAAUCCCAAUCAGGAACAACGUGCUUCCUCGUAUCAUUGAGGCCAAAUACUUGGACAUAAUGGAUGCCCAACACAUGUAGCCACAGAUGGAAACAAGCUCUUGGUCUGCAAAAAGACGUCUUGGGGAAAAAAAGAAAAAAAAAAAAAAAUUACACAAAAAAAAACAAACAAAAAAAACGAAACGAAACAUAUUUUUCAAUGCAAAACUGAAAGAAAAGCAAAAAGGAGAAAUCACUGACUGAUUGAUUUUGUAUCCGAGAAGAACUUUUCUUGCAGGUGAAGCACUGGAAAGGCGGGGAUGUCGUCGUGUGUGAGAAAGAGAGAGAGAGAGAGAGAGAGAGAGAGAGAAGAUAGCCAUGGGGAAUAUUUUCCAAAUGUGGACAGACUGCAUCUCUCACACCAAAGGGGGGAAAAAAAAGAAGAAGAAGAAGAAGAAGAAAAAAAAAAAGUUCUACCGAAUACGGACUGUCCAGAACUCGCUGUUUCACCUCCGUUUGACCCUGUCAGUUCGUUCAGUGCCAUUCCCUGUUCCAUACCUUUUACUCUUUGAGUGGCGCUUUGCAGCAGCCUUGUCCAAGUGUAUUAAUGUGUGUGUUCACUGAUGGAACAGUAUUGGAGGUGCACAGUAACACCGCGUCGGCGCUUGAUGAAAAUCUCCCCGGUGUGUAACGCACUCACGUGGGCGCAGUGACGCAAUAUAAGGACAAACACUUGAUUUUAUUUAGUUUUUUUGUUGUUGUUUUUUUUUUUUUUAUUAUUAUGUGCACGUUCUGUUGCUGCACCCUCGUGAGUGUAUUACGUGUCACCCGGUGUUACCGUGCACUUCAAAUAAUUUUCCACAGGUCGAUUCGCAGGUCAGUACGCUGGAACGAGGCCACUGUGAAGAUUUAAAAAAAAAAAAAAAGAAAAAGAAAAAAAAAGAAGAAAAAAAAAUAUAUAAUGUUGAACCUUUUUGUAUUUUUUGUCAUCGUGCCAACUUGGCUGUGCAGUGUAGGAACCACACACACUCCUCUUCUACCUUCUAGCUGUGAUCCGCCUCUAUGUGUGUGUGUGUGUGUGUGUGUGCGUGCGUGGGUGCGUGCAUGUGUGUGUGUGAAGGACAGUCGUGCCCUCGCGUGCUUCGUUUCUUUCCCGACUUCUCAGUUCUCUUGUCAUUUUUUGAAAAUGUUUCAGUGUUCAUUAAAAGAGAGGAAAGUAUGUGUGCGUCACGAGCAAAUUGCUUCUCUGUUUUUCCUCGACCUUCCUGCCAGCUCUUUAGAAAACCUCACUUUUAUGGUUGGAAUCAAAAUGCUCAGCCAAAUAAGAAAAAAAAAAAAAAAAAGAGAGAGACAUUCCACAGGUAUAUAGUAUUAUGUAAUUGUUAUUUAAAAUGACAGCACAAACCAAAACAUAUAGUUGAAUCUUAAACAAAUUAUGAGUAUAUCAGAGUAUAUUAUGGCAAUAUACAAAAAAGUAUUUUAGGUAAAAAUUGAAAUAGAAUAUUUAUUUAUCAUGAAGAUGGUGUAUCUUUUAAGUACAGGGCAUAAUAGUUGUGUGUGUUUACCCCUCAGAGAAAACUAAGAGACAGAAAUGUGCAAUUUUCUCCGUUUUGUUGCACGGUGACUGAGUGUCGUACGGUCAGUGUCUUGUUUUUUUUGUUUUUUUGUUUGUCCACAUCUGGCUUUCUCUUCAGUGUUUACAUGUCAGAGCCCCUUCCAGCACCAUGUCCAAAUCCAAAAAAACGGUUCUGGGGCGUUGCUCGUGGUGGGGAGAGUCAGGUGGAGGUUAAAAAAUAAAUAAAAAUGAGAAGGAAAAAGGAACAGAAAUGGAAAAAACGCGGGCUUUCGAGGAAACUAAAUGGCUGAUCCAAUGCAUCCCUUUUUGUGGACGAGUGCUCAAAUCUGAGUUUUGAAAUAAUCCGGUCUUGUUUUUAUUUAGAUGUUAUGAUUAGAUCAAUGCUUGCAAACGUUGUCAUGUAAAUCCAGACGUCUGGAGAGAUUAUCUUGUUAUCUUAAAAAAAAAAAAAAGGGAAAAAAAAGGAGAAAAAAAAGAAAAGAGCUGAAAAUUUCUAAGCACUGGUUUGCUCCGCAGUGUAUUUUAACGGAGCUGAGAUUCACGUCUUAAAGCAUGACUCAUCUGGGUUUUUGAUACCGUGUGAUGCCAUUGUGUAACGGACAUGUAUCCUGCACA